UUUCUUAAAGAAAGAAAAGAAUGUUUAAUUUCAUUUUUGAAAUUAAUUUACAUUUUUUUUAUAAACAAUAAAAAGAAAUUAAUUAAAGUAGAUAAAAUACUUGAAAAACUUUAAAUUUCUAAUCCACCUGCUGAGCAAGCCACAAUCACCAAUAAGAUAUCACGACGAGACAGGACAGGAUAGAAAUCCAAGCAUCUGAUUGGAUCGUGUAAGUUGCGCACGAGUAGCCGACUAUACGUCCAUGACGUCACGUCAGUCCGUCCAAUGCAAGCGCUUGGAUCUCAGUAAUAACCCUAUGUGCGUGGUGUACGCCGAAGCGUGCUACUCGUAUUCGGGUGUACAAACGCGAGAGAAGUGAUACAAUAUCGGUCUGUGAAAGAUGUUACCCGACAGAGACAUGCCAGUCAAAACUUUCGUUCGAUAGGUUGUUUUUUAUAUAUUAAAGAACACGUAUACUCUACGAGCAAAUGUAUUCGAAGAAUUGUCGUGUUAAGAAAAAGAUAGACUGUACAUCCGCCGUACCUGACAGUCCACGCGGCCCGGCCCCAAAACACUUUCGCCUCGCUAUAUACACGAGAAAUCGCAUCGUGUUUCAUUCACAACGCGAGCGCCACUGGCAAUGUCGGGAAGUGACAGCCCAACAUUCUUUCACGGCCAGCCCUGGUCCAGCUGGAUCGAAAGAAUCGGACGAGACAAGCCGUUGAGCGAUGAAGAACCAGAUGCUCAACUCUCUAGCUCAGUUACACGGCUCUCAGCAGAAGAUAUUGAUUUAUAUGGAUUUUGUCCCGAAAGAGAUACUUUUUACACGGUAGUGUGUGAAACCUGCCAUGCAAUAGUCAAACCACAGGCUCUUAUUCAACAUAUGGAAAGUCGCCAUCCUUCCGGCACGGUCAAUUUUCCACCUCCUUCUACCCCAAUUGUAAAAACUCCUUUGAAGACACCUUAUUGCAAAGUGUCGAAAUUGAAAAAGACGCAGUCAUCGCCGCAGAUCUCGAGUAGCGGGAGCAAUAAGAUCAAUCACGCGAAUGUGAAACGGAACACGGAACAACCUACUAUCUCAACGAGCUUGUCAUCUACGUCAAUAUCGGUCCCCUCGUCGCCUCGAUCACCCCUUGAGUCAUUACCAUCGUCUGUUCAGACAUCGAACUCCGGCUCAGGAUCGGUGAUCGCUUCGAGCCCAGUGAAAAGUCCGGGUACGGCGACGGGUCAACCUCGCCGGAAGAGACUCAAAACUGACCGAUCGUUGCUCAAGGAUCGGGAAUACGAUCCGGACAGGCAUUGCGGAGUGUGGAACGAGGAAACCGGCAAACCUUGCACCAGGUCGCUCACGUGCAAAGCGCACACGGUCUCGUUGCGCCGGACGGUCGUCGGUCGGAGUAAAACUUUUGACAAACUCCUCGCGGAGCAUCGUGCCUCAAAAGAUGUCCCGAAUAGGCCGACAAAAGUGACCGUGACCGGUACGGUGACCGUAUCUUCCGCGACUUCGAGCUUGAACCCCUUAACACCUACCACUCCCACCUUGACCAUCGAAACGGAAGCACCCAGCUCGCCACCCGUUCUAUCGCUGCCAGACACGUAUCCACUGCCAAAGGCUGUUGAUUUGCUUUAUCGGUGUCUGGCCCCGCAUGGCUCCACUAAACCUACCAAGCUCGAAGAGGACUUCGCCAACGAGGAGCUGAGGAGCCUGGAGUCGACGCUAGUGAAUUCGACCGGUUCGUCGCAAUCGAGCUCGAUGAUGGCCCCGAUAUCCGUGGUGUUGCCAUCUCUAUCACCGUUGCCGGCUAAUAACGAGGAAUCGUCGUCGGUCGCCACGCUGAUACCGAGCACAGCGUCCCCAGCUAUACCUGUGCCAGCAACACUGCCAGCCACGUGUACGCAACCGUCGUUGGUCACGACGGUCCUCGAGGCUGAGACACCGAUGGACAUCGACCAGGAAGCGGCGAUGACCAUCUAUUCCCCCGUUUACAAGGAUAAAUCGAAGUUACUGGUCGAGCUACCACGUUCGAACAAUAUCGCCCAUUCUCCUAUAUCGUCUAUGCCCAGUUUGCUGUUCGAACCGAUGGACCAGCUCGAGCAACUGGAACAAUUGGAGCAGCAACACGCGACACAGAUCAACGGAAAGAGACUGAACCACGCGACUCGUGCGAGUCCCGUUACUCAACGACAGUCGAAGAGGAUCAAACACGAGUACCAUCAACAGGACUUGUCCACUGCGAUACAGGUCGAGGCUACGACAACCUCCUCUCCCUAUCCUCAUUUCGGGGACAUAUCUUGGUCGAACUGUCACCCGGAGCCAUUGGCUGUUAGCCGAUGGCUUCGUAUUUCGUCCACCCGUAAGCAGUAUAACUUUAAUAUUCACUGACAUAAGACCCCACCCACUCCAGGCUGAGGACCGUACGCCAUGGGCGUUUGUCUACCUCCUAUUUUUUUCGAGAUCCUUUUUUUCAUGGUCGUCCUCGUCGCCGUCGUUGAUGGUCUAAAGGUCUGAAGCCUGUCGAGAAUGGGACAAAGUCUUGAUGUUCGGUGAAGCCUCGAUGUGAUGAGCAUGCGCACGGUGGGAACAACGUACGCGAGCAAUUUCGCAUACGUGGAAAAACAAGAUGGGUACGAUGUUUUGCAUGCUUAUUCUGUCUACCGGAACGAGUAAUCUCGGGCAGGAAUGCGAUAACAACAACAAUGAUCCUUUUUUUUUGUACCGCGCGUCGUCUAUAUUCUGCCAGCCGAUGAUCGUUUUCUUAGAAAGAAUCACCACCAUCGUCACACGUUCGUAGGCAUGUUAAUCGCAUUAUUGGAUCGCUCACUUUAGAGGAUAUACGCGUAAAACUGGAAAAAGUCGCAGGGUUUCCCAGAAACAGAAACAGAAGCACGUUCCAGAUUUUUUUUUUAAUUUCUUAUCUUUCUUUCGAUACUUGCUUGUUUACGAAACUGUUUACGAAAAUAGAUCAACGCGAGAAAUCAAUAUAAUAAAAGUAAUCGCGAACGCGAUUCAUCAAAUUCACGAUUAUCGUUGCAAAACAUUCCCGGAAUAUUAUCGUUAUUCCCCCUUGAACUGUUCGCUCCAAGAGGCUACAAUGCAAAAUAAAAUAGCAUUUUUUUAAUCUCGUAACGAUGCUUCUGUUCCGAUUUUAUAUAUUUUUCACGGAAAAGCGAAUCGGGAUCAUCGAGUUGUGCAACAAUAUCGAUGCUAGCCCCUUUUUCAAGCGUUAUAAUUAUAUUGGCAGUAGGUAGGUAUUAGGACAUCGACUGAUAUACACUAUUCUUUGUCCGCGAAAUCAAUUUUUUUUACCGAAAAUCGUUGCAAAUCUCUCUCGAUGCAGGAUCGGAAGGGAUAGGAGAUUCGGACUCUGGUUGCUGCGUUUCGUCGUAACGCGACUCGUUUGAAGGAAAGAUAAAUGGAGAGCAAAGGGAGGAAAAAAUAGAGAAAGAGAAAAAAGAAAGACAUCAAAGUGAAAACGAGGUUUAAAAAAAAAAAAAAAAGAAAGAAAGAAGAAAAAAAAGGAAAAACGAACGAGUCAAAAUUCAUGCUUGCCCGUAGAGGUUUUUCGAGCGAGAAGAGAGAAGCGACGAUAACAAGUGGAAUGAAACGACAUCGAAAUUUUAGUCAACCCGUGUGUAUGCGUGUUUGUGCAAAGGAUAAAGGAUCACGUGACCAGCCAACAAAAAAGAAAGAAAAGAUUAUUAUUUUUUUUUUUUUUUUUUCUUUUCGUUAUACAGGACGUUUAACGACGUUUUAGUAAAAAAGAAUAGCUAAAUAAGAGUAGCUAAAACGAGUAAGUAGUGUUCGUUGGGUUUCUUUCUUUUCGAAGAUACACCGCUGAGUGACACGCAUUUUUUCUGCGAAAAACGUGAAAAACACCAGCCAGGAAUUUUUUUGUAAAUACCAAUCUACCAGAGAAUAAUCAGAUUUACGACAUUGUCCUCCUGUAAAUACGUUUAAUAAGAUAAUAUGUAAAUGUAGUUAGCCAUGAGUGGCCGAUCAUCGAAUUGUCGUGCGCGUAGAAACUUCAACUUAUUUUCCAAUUAAAUUCGGUCCGCGUACAGAGGGUCUCAUCAUGUACAUACAUAGAUCAUAGUAUACAUAUAUACAUAUAUAUAUUUUUUUUAUCACGAUCUCUUUUUACGUAUAUACAUAUACACAUACACCUACAACCUCAUCACGUAUCGUUGUUCUCCGUUUUCUUCUUUUCCGUUCUAUUUCUUCUUCUUCUUCUUCUUCUUCUUCUUCUUCUUUUUCUUCUUCUUCUUCUUCUUCUAGUUUUCUUUCGCUUUUUCUACGACGAUUUUGUUUACGUAUAAUCGUGUACGUAUCAUAGAAUGCGUUAAACAAUGACUCGUUUAAUGCCAUUAUUUCUGAAAAAUUAUUGAAAAUUCUAAUUGGUAUGUUCUAUUAUUGGUAAAGAAAUAUCGUUUUGUUCGAAGCAAUGAUAGCAACACUUACAGCGAAAAUUUCGUUUAGAUAAAAUUAGCUUCUUCUUCUUCUUCUUCUUCUUCUUCUUCUUCUUCUUCUUCUUCUUCUAGUGUAAGUUGAUAAAAAAUUUAGGAGGAAAUUCGAUGAAUUUUUUGACAAACGAAUAUAGCAAGCCGUACACAUUGUCCCGAGUAUAUAGUAGGUAACGUUCACACCACCAUCACACAUUAACACAUCCGAGACAAUUUAUUUUUGUAAAACUGUGUCGGUUCUAAUUUGCGACGCUGUGUCGGUUUUUCCAGCAUGGCGUGACUGCUGACAUAUAUUUAUGCAUAUAUAUAUAUAUGUGUGUAUAUAUACAUAUAUACAUAUAUAUACAUAUAUUUAUGAACUUCUUAUCAUAGAUUGUGAUAUUUAACUGAUUAGUCAAGAUUAUUCUAAAUCGUGCGUACGCGUUAAUGAAAGAGAGAAGUGAGAUAGGCGGCCAAAUGAUAGAAGAUGAAAUAAAGAGAGAAGAGAUGAAGUAAGUAGGAACGAAUGAUUGUUCGAUCACCGUCGAUCUUCGAAAAAAGGAAAAAAAUUGGGAAGAAGGAACGUUAUAAAUUUGCGCUUAGUUCGAUUAUAAUUGUUUGCCGCUUAGAAAAAUUAAAUUCGCUCCGUGCAUUGUGUUUUUAAGCGUUGAAAGAGGUACUGUUUCGUUUCCGCUUUUCCGUGUGUAUGGCGUCGUUAAUUCGAUAAAUUGUAACAUUUCGUUUUAUCGAUGAACGUAGCAAGAAAAA